AUGGUCAUUCUGCAGCAGGGCGACUAUGUGUGGUUGGACCUCAAGACAGGAAGAGAGUUUGACGUUCCUGUGGGAGCAGUGGUCAAACUCUGUGACUCUGGACAGAUCCAGGUUCUGGAUGAUGAGGGCCGGGAACACUGGAUCUCCCCUCAAAAUGCGACCAACAUCAAGCCCAUGCACCCCACCUCUAUCCACGGAGUGGAGGACAUGAUCCGUCUGGGCGACCUUAACGAAGCCGGCAUCCUGCGCAACCUGUUCAUCCGCUACAACGAACACGUCAUCUAUACAUACACAGGCUCCAUCCUGAUUUCAGUCAACCCCUACCAGCUGCUGCCCAUCUACACUCCUGACCAGAUCCGCCUCUACACCAACAAGAAGAUCGGCGAGAUGCCUCCACACAUAUUCGCCAUUGCAGACAACUGUUACUUCAACAUGCAGCGGAACAACAAGGACCAGUGCUGCAUCAUCAGUGGGGAGUCGGGAGCUGGAAAGACAGAGAGCACAAAGCUGAUUCUGCAGUUCCUUGCAGCCAUCAGUGGUCAGCACUCCUGGAUAGAGCAGCAGGUCCUGGAGGCCACACCCAUCCUGGAAGCUUUUGGAAAUGCCAAGACAAUUCGUAACGACAACUCCAGUCGCUUUGGGAAGUAUAUAGAUAUCCAUUUCAGCAAAAGAGGGGCCAUCGAAGGAGCCAAAAUAGAGCAAUACCUGCUAGAGAAAUCUCGCGUCUGUCGACAGGCUCCCGAUGAGCGAAACUACCAUGUCUUUUAUUGCAUGUUGAAGGGUAUGGCUCCAGAGAUGAAAGCUAAACUGGGCCUGGGCCUUGCCACAGACUACAUCUACCUUACCAUGGGUAACUGCACAGAAUGUGAUGGCCGUAACGAUCUGAGCGAAUACUCCAGUAUUCUGUCUGCCAUGAAGGUCCUCAUGUUCACCGAAACGGAGAGCUGGGAGAUUUCCAAGCUGCUGGCUUCCAUUCUGCAUAUGGGAAACCUGCGGUUCGAGGCCCGUACAUAUGAAAACCUGGACGCCUGUGUGGUGGUGAGAUCUCCUGAUCUGGUGACUGCUGCUUCUCUCAUGGAGGUUGACCCUAAAGACGUGAUGGUGUGCCUGACCACCCGGACCCUCAUCACGCGUGGGGAGAGUGUCACCACACCUCUCAGUGUGGAACAAGGCUUGGAUGUGAGGGAUGCAUUUGUCAAGGGGAUCUAUGGCAGGCUGUUUGUCUGGAUAGUUGAUAAGAUCAAUGCUGCCAUAUACCGCCCUCCUUCCUGUGAGAGUACCCCCAUCAGAAAGUCGAUCGGGUUGCUGGACAUAUUUGGCUUUGAGAACUUCAUCGUUAACAGUUUUGAACAGCUGUGCAUCAACUUUGCCAAUGAGAACCUGCAGCAGUUCUUCGUCCGCCAUGUUUUCAAACUGGAACAGGAGGAAUACAACUUGGAGGACAUCAGCUGGCAGCACAUUGAGUUCACUGACAACCAGGAUGCACUGGACAUGAUAGCCAAUAAACCCAUGAACAUCAUAUCGCUUAUUGAUGAGGAGAGCAAAUUCCCCAAGGGAACAGAUGCUACAAUGUUGUAUAAGCUCAACUCCCAGCACAAGCUCAAUUCCAACUACAUUCCUCCUAAAAACUGCUAUGAAACGCAGUUUGGCAUCCAACACUUUGCUGGAGUGGUGCAUUACGAGUCCAGAGGAUUCCUGGAGAAAAACCGCGAUAGCCUCCACACCGACAUCAUCCAGCUGGUCCACUCAUCAAAGAACAAGUUCAUCAAGCAGAUCUUCCAGGCUGAUGUUGCUAUGUUUCUGUGUGGCUAUCAGCAGCCCAGCACCCCUGCUGCCAAGGUGACGCGGCGGCUGACCGAGGGGAGUGACUACGGCCUGCAGGGGAACAGCAUGCUGGAGGACCGGCCCACCUCCAACCUGGAGAAGCUUCACUUCAUCAUUGGAAAUGGCAUCCUGCGGCCAGCCCUCAGGGAUGAGAUCUACUGUCAGAUCUGCAAACAGCUGAGCCAGAACCCGUCCAAAAGCAGCCAUGCCCGGGGAUGGAUCCUGCUGUCCCUCUGCGUGGGCUGCUUCGCCCCCUCUGAGAAGUUUGUCAAAUACUUACGGACGUUUCUGGUCAGCGGCCCUCCUGGUUACGCGCCUUACUGUGAGGAAAGGCUGCGCAGGACGUUUGUCAACCGCACACGGACCCAGCCCCCGUCCUGGCUGGAGCUGCAGGCCACAAAAUCUAAGAAGCCCAUCAUGCUGCCUGUGACCUUUAUGGAUGGCACCACAAAAACCCUACUGGCAGACUCGGCCACCACAGCCAGUGAGCUCUGCAACGCACUGGCAGAUAAGAUCAGCCUGAGGGAUCGUUUUGGCUUCUCCCUGUACAUCGCUCUGUUUGACAAGGUGUCUUCCCUGGGCAGCGGCAGUGACCAUGUCAUGGAUGCUGUCUCACAAUGUGAGCAGUACGCAAAGGAGCAAGGCGCCCAGGAGAGGAACGCCCCUUGGAGGCUGUUCUUCAGGAAGGAGAUCUUCAGCCCCUGGCACAACCCGGCUGAGGACUAUGUAGCCACCAACCUGAUUUACCAGCAGAUCGUCCGAGGGGUGAAGUUUGGAGAGUACCGAUGUGAAAGAGAGGAGGACCUAGCAGAGCUGGCCUCCCAGCAGUACUAUGUGGACUACGGUUCAGAGGUCCUCCAGGAGCGCCUGCUCAGCCUCAUCCCGUCCUACAUCCCCGACAGAGAGAUCACCGGCACAAAGCCCACAGAGAAGUGGGCUCAGCUUAUCAUCAACGCCCACAAAAAGGGACUACACAACAAAAGGAGGCUGAACACACAAAAGGUGAAGGAGGAUGUGGUGGACUUUGCCCGCUUAAAAUGGCCCUUACUCUUCUCACGCUUCUAUGAGGCCUUCAAAUUCUCUGGGCCCAGUCUUCCUAAGAACGACGUCAUCGUGGCCGUGAACUGGACCGGGGUUUACUUUGUGGAUGAACAGGAACAGGUCCUCCUGGAGCUGUCGUUUCCAGAGAUUACAGCCGUAUCCAGCAGCAGGGGGGGUAAACUCCAAGGUCAGAGUUUCACGUUGGCCACCAUCAAAGGAGACGAGUACACGUUCACCUCCAACAAUGCAGAGGACAUUCGGGAUCUGGUGGUCACCUUCCUUGAGGGUUUGAGGAAGAAGUCGAAGUAUGUGGUGGGACUGCUGGACUGUGUGAACCCUGCAGGGAUGAAUUCCACCUUCCUGAGUUUCACUAAAGGUGAUCUGAUCAUCCUGGAUGAACACGACGGGGAACACGUGAUGAACUCGGGCUGGGCUCAUGGAAUCAACGACAAGACCAAACAGAGAGGAGACUUCCCAGCUGACUGUGUCUACGUGCUGCCCACCAUCACCAGGCCCCAGUACGACAUAGUGGCUCUUGUGACUAUGACUCCUGACCAGAGGAGAGAAUCCGUCAGCCUGUCUCAGACGGUGCUGUCUGAACAGGAAGACAAGUCCAAGGCCUUCACACUGGAGGAGUUCUCCUACGACCACUUCAGGGCUCCACCAAAGAGCACUCUGAGCAGAGUGAUGAUCUCUAAGGCGCGAGGUAAAGAGCGUCUGUGGAGUUGUACCAGGGAGCCUCUCAAACAGCCUCUGCUGAAGAAGGUCCUGGCUCACGAGGAGCUCUCCCAGGAGGCCUGCAUGGCCUUCAUAGCUGUGAUGAAAUAUAUGGGGGACUACCCAUCCAAACGGGUGCGCUCCAUCAAUGAGCUCACUGAUCAGAUAUUUGAGGGAGCUUUGAAGGCCGAGCCACUCAAAGAUGAAAUCUUCUGUCAGAUUCUCAAACAGCUUACCGAUAAUCACAUCAAGUUCAGUGAGGAGAAAGGCUGGGAGCUGCUGUGGCUCUGCACUGGUUUAUUUCCUCCCAGCAACAUCCUGCUGCCCCAUGUCCAGAAAUUUCUCCAGUCCAAGAAACACUACCCGCUGGCUCCAGACUGCAUGCAGCGGCUCCAAAAAGCCUUACGUAAUGGAUCAAGAAAGUACCCCCCUCACCUGGUGGAGGUGGAGGCCAUCCAGCACAAGACCACCCAGAUCUUCCACAAGGUUUACUUCCCUGAUGACUCGGACGAGGUGUUUGAGGUGGAGUCCAGCACAAAGGCCAAGGACUUCUGCCACAACAUCUCUGGACGUCUUAUGCUGAAGUCUGCAGAGGGCUUCAGUCUUUUUGUGAAGAUCACUGAUAAGGUCAUAAGUGUGCCUGAUGGGGACUUUUUCUUUGACUUUGUGAGGCACCUAACCGACUGGAUUAAAAAAGCGAGACAUGUAAAAGAUGGGAGUGCAGGGGUGGUGCCUUCUCUGACCUAUCAGGUGUUCUUCAUGAAGAAGCUGUGGACCAACACCGUGCCAGGGAAAGACUCCAUGGCUGACUUCAUCUUCCACUUCUAUCAAGAGCUCCCCAAGUAUCUGCGGGGCUACCACAAGUGUUCCAAGGAGGAGGUGCAUCAGCUGGCAGCACUGAUCUACAGAGUGAAGUUUGAAGAUGAUAAAUCUGCCUUCCAGAACAUUUCUAAGAUCCUGAAAGACCUUGUCCCUCAGGACCAGAUCAGACAUCUGUCCCCGGACGACUGGAAGAGGUCCAUCAUGACACUGUUCAACAAACAUUCUGGGAAGACGCGUGAAGACGCCAAACUCUCCUUCCUAAAAAUCAUCUACAAGUGGCCCACUUUUGGCUCUGCUUUCUUUGAGGUCAAGCAAACAACUGACCCCAAUUACCCCGAAACUCUUCUGAUAGCCAUCAACAAGCACGGGGUUAGUCUGAUAGAUCCAAAAACAAAGGACAUCCUUACCACUCAUCCUUUCACUAAGAUCUCCAACUGGAGCAGUGGCAACACCUACUUCCACAUCACCAUCGGAAACCUGGUGCGAGGCAGCAAGCUGCUCUGUGAGACUUCCCUGGGCUACAAGAUGGAUGACCUCCUGACCUCUUACAUCAGCCAGAUGCUCACGACAAUGACCAAACAGAGAACGUCCCGGGGCAACAAGCUCCCUCCUGACUGCGUAUGA